GGAAAACGUAUCGGGAAAAUAACUCUCAAAGUUGAAACGGACUGGUCUAGAAUUGGCGUGUUAUUAUAAACCUGGAUGUUCAUAUGUGUAAGAAUGGUUUACGCUCGGUGUAGUAUCUGAUGGAACAAAGGAUAACUCGUCGAAGGCAAAAUGAAACACCAGUAAAUAAGCGAUUCAAAUGAAAGCGCUCGAAAACCCAGUCGCUGAAAAAGGUAUUUCAAGUUUCAUCUCUUUGAAGAAAACUCAACAUUAAAAUGACUUGAAAAGGAAGGUUGAAAUUAAGAAACUAUAUACAGACAUUCACAACAAAUAGAAUUCAUGAACUAAAUCAAGUACAAGGCAAUUAUGAACAACACCAAUAAACACCAGCCUACAAGGUGGAUGACAAAGCUUCAAAAUCAAAAUCAAAACCAGAGGGAUAGCAAGCAACAGCAACUUCAGUCCCCAGCACAAGUCAAUAAAAACCCAAGUCCAACACCAAGUAUUUCAAUUACAAAGACUGAACAUUCUGGGUCAAUUUUGUCACAAGUGCCCAUAUGGAUUAUAGCAGUAGCUGGACUCGUAGCAGCCCUCGUCAUAAUAUUCUGUAUAUAUUGUUGCUGUUGUCGGAAAUGUGGAAAGAAAGAUAAAAAGGACAAAGACAAGAAAAAUGGCAAAGAAAGAGUGGAUCUUCAGGCUGUGAAGAUAGGCGCCAGUUAUCAAGAAAAAGUACAGCCAUCUAUGGAUGAAUUGGAUUACAAUAGUGAAGACUAUCAUUCUGACGUUAGUUCCGGAGUAAAAAUAGGUCGAAUAAACUUCACUCUCGACUACAGUUUUAAUGACAACACGUUGACCAUUGGAAUAAUAAAAGCUGAGGAUAUUCCAGCCAAGGAUUUUAGUGGCUCGUCUGAUCCUUAUGUGAAAAUUUACUUGUUACCUGACAAGAAGAAAAAGAUGGAGACAAAGGUACAUCGAAGGACGCUCAAUCCUGUCUUCAACGAGACAUUUGUUUUCAAAAACAUCCCUUACAGCGAAAUCACCAACAGAAUUUUACUCAUGGAGUUGUACGACUUCGAUCGAUUUUCCCGCCAUGACCUGAUCGGAGAGGCGAGGCUUCCGCUGAUAGACGUGGAUUUAGCCUCCAGUAUCAAUGAAUGGAGAGUUCUAACUCCUCCCCAUUCCUCUCGCUCUGCCGCUGGGGGCUCAAGAUCUGAAUUAGGAGAGAUUUGCUUUUCGCUUCGCUACGUUCCCACUGCGGGAAAACUACAGAUAACGAUCGUAGAAGCCAAGUCCCUCAAGAGUAUGGAUUUAUCAGGAUACUCCGAUCCAUAUGUGAAGAUCGCACUGGUACAAGAAGGUCGCAAGAUUAAAAAGAAAAAGACGACGGUAAAAAAGCGGACGCUCGAUCCCUACUUCAACGAAACCUUCACUUUCCAAGUCCCCUUCGAAAAGAUCGAACAAUCCUCUCUCAUUAUCUCAGUACUGGACUACGACCGUGUGGGAAGAAGCGAAAUGAUUGGGAAAUGUGUUGUUGGGGAGCUUUCAAGUGGAGCUGAUUUAAGACAUUGGGUGGAUAUGCUGGGAUCUCCGAGAAGAGCAGUGACACAGUGGCACACGUUGCACAAUUAACGUAUCCUGAUGCAAUUAUUAACCCCUAAGAAUCUUUUGCAUGUAUAAAUGUUAGGGUUUUGUUUUCAAAGUUUAUUAUGCAAGAUAGACCCGUUAAGUUUGGGGGCAAUGAUUUUCCAUUUUAGGCCACUUGCGAUGGACUCAGCCUUUUCUGGGAUGGACUCGUAAGGUGUCCAAAAACAAAACAUGUAAGGGAUGGCUUGGUAUAACACAGGGGUGGUAGGGUYUAGUAUGGUAUGGUAUAACAUGAUGUAGCAUGGCAUAACACGGCCUGGCAGGAUAUGGUAGUAAUGCUAUAGUGCAGGUAUUCUUGGAGUGCAUCCACAUGACCAAAAAUCCUUAAAGAUAUAAAUAACAAUGAAACAGCCGCCAUGUUGGUUGAUCUAACAAGAGAAGCUAAUGAGGAAUGCUUUGUUAUCGUCAACCAACAUGGUGAAAAAGGCUCAAGCAUAUCUAAUGCGAUAAAUACAGUAUUUCCGAGAGGUUUAAGAUGGAAAAUCAUAGCAUCCAAUUUAAUGAAUGUAUAAUUUGGGUUUUAAUUUUUAAUGGUUUUUUACUAAUGUAUUUGAUUUUUUAUAUUAUAUUUAUGAUAUGUAAUUAGCAAUAUUACAUGUUUUCUUUGCUGGUCCAAAAUUUUAAAAAAGCAUUUGCUCCCUAAAAAAGGGGCAAAAGGGCUUCAAAAGGGAGUAGUAAUGUGAGAAGUAUGGUAUGUUCUUUUAUGAGGGUGGGAGGGGAGGGAGGGGGUUAAAAGUAAUGUAGCUAUUAAAUAUUUUAAGUAUUAAUAAUUAUUAUUAAUAAUUAUUAUGAGUCUGCUCCUAAGGUUUGCUCAAACUUCACUUUUCAGUUCGUUGGUAUUUCCUGUCCCACAAUAAUCUGUUAAGCACCACUACAGAGAGCCCUCUGCUAUGACAGUAAAUAUGUGUGUCUGAAAAAACAAAACUCUUUUUGACAUUGCUAUUAAACUUAAUAUGUAGCAUUCUUUGCUUAUAGAAGAAGUCUAUUUGUUGGAUACACAAAUAUCUGCUGUUAUAUGCUGACAUAAUAGUCUUGCCUGGGGUCCCUGUACCUUAUUUGGCAAGGAUAACUAUAAGCAUGAAGAUGUUAUUCCUUGUCGCCAUAGCAACUUGGCUUUUUUCUAAAUAAGUAAAAAAGGUACAAAACAAUGUACAGUAUUAAUACUAUACUAAAUCAAAUUAAUAAGAUUAAUAAGAUUGAUGGAAUGUCGCUAGACUAGAUGGGGUGUACUUCCAGAUAUUGAUAUAUGUUUAAGGAUAUCUGGACUAACAGGUCAUAUGAUUUCAUGUUUCUGUGAUUUAAGCAACAGCUAUAUACAGAUAAUCCACCUUUUCCUGCAUUCUAGCUUCUGUCAAACAAAUUUGAAACCAUUUCAGUUAGCAUUUUUUAUACCAAGGCCAAAAUAACUACAAUGUUUUACAGUUGUUGUCAUAGAAACAUGAAAAUACUAGGAAUAAUUCUAGCAAAUGUAGGUGGCAUAGCGGCACUUUGGGUGCCCAAUCCCCUCUGUUUCCUUCUAAACUCCCUCACACAGGCUAUAGCAAGUGAAAAGUAUGCUUUCACACUUCAUAAAAAUGAAGUGAACAUAUUGUGGGUUUCAGCUAGCUUGCUUUAAUUCCAACAUUGCAGGACCAGUGGUUGUAUGAAGGAUGGAUAGCACUAUUUGAUGGAUGAAUCCUAUCCAAUAAUUAAAUUUAUUGGAUAAGCAUAUCAACUUAUCCAUCAAAUAAGUAUUUAACCAUCAGAUAGUGCUAUCCACUCUUCUAACAUACAAGCCUAGGCCUAUAGCUUGCACCAUCGCAAGCAUGAAUAACACAAAUGUAAGCAACUAAUACCCACAAGAAAGAUAACUAAAUAUCGUAGUCAAAAGAUUUAAUGAAUCUUAUAUUAGAUGAAUAUAACAAGAACUUUAUGAGUAUAAGAUGUUUAAAUACAUAUCGUUGACGAGUUAACRAUAUGCUUGGUCAUAAAAAUAAUGGCAAGUACCUGUGAAAAAAUUAUAACGCUGCCCAUGCUUUAGAAAACAUAAAUAUUAUAAUAUGUAAGUCAGGCUCAUAACUAGAUUAGAGUUUGAAGAUAAAGGUUUAUUAUGUAGUCUUGAUAUCAAUUACAAUUACUAACAAGUAUGGACAGAUAAAUGACUAUCAAUGAUCAAAGCUAGGCUUGACAGGUUCGAUAAUGGCGAACCUAGCUAUCACUCAGUAGUGCAUUUCACAUUAGCCUUUAAAAACUAAUGGAGGUAUGGACGGUGCCAUCAUAAAAGGCUGAUUAUUGCCAUUUGUCAAACAAUUGUUGGCCAAUUAACUGCCAUUUGUAGACCAACUGUCAGCCGAUCAACGGCAUUUUGUUGAUUGACUUUCAGCUGAAAAAGAUGAAAGCCUGCCAGUUUUUGCUUGAUUAUAAACUAUCUGAUCAUUAAAGUUGAAUUUCAUUUUUUUACCCUGCAUAAAUACUUAGGCAGCGCACAGUGUUAUUGCUGGUCAUGAAACCAGAUAUGACAUUGAAAGACCUUUGACAAAUUGUAAAAUCACUAGGUAAGUGUGUCAUAAGUACACAUUUGUCACAAAAUCACUAAAUUAAAUAAAAAUGUUUUGUAUCCUGGGAUAAGGAUAGCUGUA